UUAUUUUCCUAUCCUAUUAUUAUUACUUUUUUUUACAUUCCAUUUUUAUCCGGUUUUUUUUUAUAUCAAUAAUUUGGUAUUUAGCUGCAGAGUAAAAUUGCAUGUUAUUCUUUUAUUUAUUUUUCUUUUACCUAAUGUUAUUAUCUUUUCUUCCGAGCUAAUUCGUCCAAUAUCUAAAAAAAAUAUUGAUCGCAAAGUGUAUUCUCUAUCACUGUAGCGAACAGGAAUACAUUCGUGGUACCGAAUCGUCAGCCAUGCAUGGCUUGGAGGACACUUGCCGCAUGUCUCUCUUGGGAACACUGAGUGCUAUCUGGCGUAAUUAAUGUCAUGCUUUUAAAUCAAAUAACGAUUUAUCUCAGUUCAGUUAAUUAAAUGUCUUCAAAACUAUUAUAUAAAUAUUGCCAACAUAUCAUCACAUCCGUCAUGAGGAACGUCUGCAGCUGCGUUACGCUUCAUGUGUGAAGGCCUCUCACUGUGCCACUUUCCUCCCUACAAUGCAGGACAGAACCGUAACACAAAUUAAUUUCACGGUGUUGUUGCCAUGAGAAUAUCCUGCUCGACUGUGGGGGAAGAGAUGGAUGGAAGCAAGGACUUCUUGCAAUAUAUAUACAUCCUGCGAUCCUCGCUGCUGUAGGAGUUACAUCUCUGCUUCAGCUAGGGAAGCAUGAGGGUUCUGGUCGCCUUAUUCUUGGUCGCCCUGGUGGCGGCGCAGAAAGAUGGCGAAGCUGAACCCAGUAAGAUCAAACCACAUUCCCAUACAUAUCCUUUGGGCUAUGGUUACGGCCACGGCUACCCCUACGGUUACUACGGCCACGGCUACCCCUACGGGUACUACGGUCACGGCUACCCCUACGGGUACUACGGUCACGGCUACCCUUAUUAUUACGGUCACCCAUACACUUACGGCUAUGGCUACUCGAUCCACCACCCAGAAGGUUACUCGUACGUGCACCAGAGCAAUGUGGUCAAGAGGGAAGCACAGCCAAUGCACCACAAAAAACUCCACAAGCAUUCCAGUUAUGUGUACAGCUACAACCGCUAUCCUUAUGCCUACAACUACCCCUAUGGCUAUAAUUACGGUUACAGAUAUUGGAACCCGUACAGUUAUGGUUAUCGUUACCCAUACCACGGACAUUCCUACGGAUACGGAUACAAGCACACUGCAAGCUAAAGGAAAGCAGAAUCUUUAAGUAGAAGCCACCAUCUCAAAGUGACGAUCUUAUACGCACGCCAGAUUUAGUGCCGGCUAUCUUACCCCCACUCCCCUGAGGAAAUAUUGCACAGUAGCUUCUAUAUUAUGUAACGUAUUGUACUUAUCCAAGCUUCCUUCCACUUUCUAUUUCAGAUUCCUUUAGUGACAAAUUGUAAAUCAUAACAACCUAGUUUAUACCUGGCAAGAAACGUAUCCAAGUUUCAUAGCAGUGCAUGAUCAAUAUGACUUCCUUCCCAUCUAAGUCUUGCCCUUAUAAGAUUAACCUUUCCAAUAACAAAUGGGACAGUGUGUUUUCUCGUUGUUCCGUAAGCCAUUAUGUGAUUUAACCCCUUCAGUACUGGAACGCAUUGGACGAUUUUAUUUACAUUAGGAUGGAUUUAUGGAGAUCAGAAGAUUAAUGGCAAGAGUCUUCACUAUUCUAAUCCCAACAUAAGUAUCUAAAGCUGUAUAAAAUCUCCAAAUAGUAAGCAGAAUGAAUAUGGAAACGCGUCAUGGUACUGAAGUGGUUAACCAGUCUUCAUUAUUAUCUCAAAAUCUUAAUUGCUGCUCCGUAGAUUUUAAUGCAUGCACCCUUUGUUACACUUAUUAUUUUCAUUCAGUUAAGUGUAUGAUGUAGGCAAAAAGGAGAGAGCAUUUCGCUACAAAAUUGUUGCCUACCAUCGUAAUAGUGUAACCCUUACGAAUCCACAAUGACUCUCAAUGAUUAUAUGACAUGCAUAUAUGUAACAAAUGUACAUCUGUCUUUGUCAUGUAUAAGUAAGGUGUUAUGAGUUACAUGAGUUAUACUAGUGUUCGAAUGUUUGAGUCUUGAAGCACAUUAUUGCUGUACUUGAUAUGUUGCCUCACAACAUUAGCAAGUCUAGAACUGAUCGCUUUAUCUUCUUAAGUAACUGUUUUGUACACUGCAUAUUUCUGCUUUAGUUUCUUACAGAAUAAAAAAAAAACCUC